AUGAGAUUUUUUAGUUUUGUACAAUCAAAAAAUAGAAAAGAAUGUACUUUAACAUUAAAUGGUGAUACUCACUUAUAUUUUGUGUUGAAAUUUUAUGAUAGAAGUAUCAUUAAUUUAUUUUUUUCAAAUUACAUUGAAAAUGCUUGGUUGAAAAUGACAGCAGAAAAAGAUGAGUCAAAGUCUUAUAAAUGUGACAGAUGUUACAAAUGUUUUGCUUCUGAUUUGAGGUUGCAGAAACACAAGCUUGUGCAUGGAUCUGAUGAAAUAAAACCAUAUCAGUGUGAAACAUGUUUGAAACGUUUUUUAAAUAAAUCUGCAUUGACUUGUCAUUCUAAAACACAUGAUGAUAAUAAGUCUGUCAAUUGUCCUAUUUGUAAAAACGAAUUUAAAAAUGUAUUGGAUUUAAAAAAACAUUUUAAAGUUCACUCAACAAAUGGUUCCUAUACCUGCCCGAAUUGCUACAAGAUUUUUAAUGAUUAUAUAUCUAUUCGAAAACAUUUGAGGACCUCUCACAGUGAAAAACGUCAUAUAUGUACAGAAUGUGGGAAAUUAUUUUUUACCCUAGAUAAACUUCGAAUACAUUCUUUGAGGCAUUCUGAUGUAAGAGAAUUUUUAUGUGCCAAUUGUGGAAAACAAUUUAAACGUAAAGAUAAAUUAAAGGAACACAUGAAACGUAUGCAUUCCGCCGAAAGAGAAUUAAAAACUGGAUCUUUGGCAUUGAGAAUCCUCAAUAAAAAAGAAAGAAAAUUUUCUUCCGAAAUGGUAUCAUCCGUGACGUUUGAACGAUUCAUGUUUAAAUGUAGAAAUUGUAUGGUGGGUUUUAAAAGAAGAGGGAUGCUUGUCAAUCAUUUGGCCAAAAGACAUCCCGAAAUCCUUCCAAAUACGGUACCUGAACUUAAUUUACCCAUAUUAAAAGCUACAAGAGAUUAUUUUUGUCAGUAUUGUGAAAAAAUUUACAAGAGCAGUUCAAAGAGAAAAGCUCAUAUAUUAAAAAAUCAUCCUGGAGCGGAAUUACCUAUGAGCAAUCGUCAAAAGGGUGGCGUUCCUGAAAUACCCGGCGUAUUAAAUUCAACUUUUUCACUUAUGGUUGGAAACGUGAAAACUGCCCCCCAAGAAUGCAAAUGGUGUUACAAACAAUAUGCUUCUAAAGCUAAAUUACUUCAACAUCAAAGAAAAAAACAUGUUUGUUUGUUAACAUAA